AUUUUAAUUAGACAGGGUGAUGCACCGGACUUUUGGGAAUUCCACUUUGGAAGGGUGUGAGGGGUCUGGUAUUUUCAGCGCUUGGGGAUUUCCACGUCAGUCUAUGAUACAAUUGAAGAAUAACGAAGGGGGUUGGCAGUUAGCUCGGGGUGUAAUGCUGUAAUCUAUCGUACCAUUUCCUAUAAACGAGUUUACACUGGAAGCUGACAGAGAGGGUACGAGAUAGCGGUCCUGAGCUGGAGUUCUUACUUGUUCUAAAGCUGGAUUUCUAUUGUGUGUGUGUGUUUUGUUAUUUUUUUAAACUCUAUUUUGGGAAUGGAAACUAAGAAACAAAGUCAAAUGGAAGUUAUACCACUGCUUAUUCUGUCUGUUUCGAUAUUACUUUUCUCUAUAGCAACUAGCGGAGCUGCUCCUCUUGCCUGUGAUGUGAAUAUCGACCCCUCUAGAGUCGUGGUGAGAUUUGGAGACCCAGUGACUGUCAACUGCUCCACAACACGUGAAGAUAUAUUGGAGGCUGCCUGGGAGGCUUCUGUUAACCCUGUGAAUAAACCGAAUAGUGCAACAGCAGUUUGGAAUGUCAGCAGCCUCACUGUUUGGGAUGCAGAGCCAAAAUGCUUUAUAAACUGCAGGAGUGAACCCCGUCAGUGUUUAGGAAAACUGGAUUUGGUCAUUUACAAGUAUCCAGAAAGCGUCUCCCUCAUUGCUCCUGAGUUUAUGAAGAUCGGUGUAGAAUCUAAUAUAACGUGCCAGGUCCUAGAUGUGGCUCCUGCCAGAUAUCUCAGUGUGAAGCUGUAUAAGGGAGAUGAAGAGCUUGGGAAUAGAAGCUUUACUCAUGACUCCACACGGUUUCCUGUGAAUGCAAGCGUCCCCUUUCCAGUAACACCGACCAGAGCAGACAAUGGAUCCGAGUACACUUGUGUAGCAGAGCUUCAAUUGGGACCAGGAGAACCAAUACAAAAUUCAUCUCUCCCGUUCAGAAUGUUUCCAAUUGAUUUUGAAGAGCAACCAAUCCUUACUGUAUCAGAAAAUGUAGAAGUCAACCAGACAUCUACAGUGAGAUGCGAGCUUAAAAAUGCCUUCCCAGCUGAAGAAGUCCAAGCAAAGCUGCUGAUAAAUAAUAAAAUUCACACAGAGCGCUCCAACAUGGACAAUGUGUAUGUUGAAGAAAGUUUUACUCUGGAUUCUGCUGAACCUGCAAUGAUUGAAUGUCAUGUGUCUCUCAGAUCUUUGUCUAAAAGCACAAAUAAAACUAUUCAAGGCUACGUGCUACCAGAGCCCACCGUUCACACUGAGGCUGUACUAGUAAAUCAUACAGGGAUUGUUACAUGCAGUGUGAAUGGCUCAGUCCCAGAAACUGCAACCCAAAGGCUGCUCCUCAACGGUUUUCCUGUAAAUGAAUCUCACAAUAGUGCACCCGCACAGUACGUGUUUAAAGCUGAGAAAGAGCUCAACGGAAAAGUGAUUACUUGUGAGACUGAGCUGAAUUUAGCUGCUGCAUCUGUUAAGAAAAACCAAAGUGCCACCUUGAGUGUUUUGUAUCCUCCCACGAUAAAAACACGUUUCCCUGCCAGUAAAGAUUUGAAAGAAGGAGAAAAACUCAGCAGCCACUUUGACUGUGAAGCUGAGGGAAAUCCUCCCCCGAAAACUGUGUGGUUAAAGGAUAGCAAAGAGUUUGAUUCAUCCAAAAUACUGAUGAGAGGAGAUGGAGGAGUCUACCAGCUUAAAACUGUGAACAAAUUGGGAUCUGCAACUGCGACUGUGACAGUCACUGUGGGGUAUGAGCCCAGUGUAAUAAACCCUGCAGAAGAAAGUGUGCCUGUUGUGAAAGGGGACAGCGUUGUUUUUAACUGCACUGCUGAAGCUAUCCCAUCCCCUACAUACACGUGGAAACACCCUGAAGCUGAUAAUGUGAACACCACGACGAGGGAUAAUGUGUCCACUUUGACUAUCACAGGAGUCUCCUCUAGCAAUGAGGGUGUUUAUGAAUGCCAUGCUUGGAACAUACAUGGAAAUUCCACAAGGAAAGUUACAGUUAUAGUCAUAGAUUACCUCCUUCCAUUAAUAGCAGGAGUUGCAGCACUAUUUGUUCUUCUUAUUCUAAUAUUAAUAAUUGUCCUGUACCGUAUGUACUACAAACGCCAUAAAACAGGAGAGUACAGCCUCAAAGCAGGGAAACCUUCAAGUGCAAAUGGCAGCAUGGGACAUAAUGGAAAGGGGGCUGAAGAAAUACCCUUAACACCAAUAUGAACCCACCGAAAAGGACGUUUGUCAUCCACCUGCCUACCGUUCUCCCGAACCCUCACAAACCCAGCCAAGCACAGUAUGUAUAAUUAAAGAAUUAACUGCCUACAUCAAACUUCCAAAAAUGCUUGACUUUAUGAAGGAGCCACAUUGCUGUCAGUGAUCCCUAGACCUCUGGCUUGCAAGUGCAGUGCUAAGGUCAUGCUCUGGGGCGAUGCUCUACUACAGUGAAAGACAGAAGGCAUGUGGAACUUGUGUUUGCUUCUUCAUGAAGACAGGCACAUGUCCUCUUGUUUGCUCGCUCAGAGGGAUUUAUUUACCUUGCAGAGCGACAGGUUUGAACCCAAGCAUAAAAACAAAGCCUUGUCUGGAAAAGAGCCCUUGUAUUUAUACUCGCUUCUGCUCAUGUGCAGUAUCAGCAUUGGCAAGGACCCAAUAGAAUUCCAGAGCAGGCUCCUCUUUGUGAUGUCAUCAACGGUUUCUUAAAAUACACUGCACAGAAAUACAGCCUUAAGCUAACACUGUUCACUAAAUUGAUAUAUUGGUAGGUAUUUAAAUUUUUAAAAUGCCUUUUUUAUUUGGAAAUGUAACUGUAUACAAAAAUGACUGAAUAUGCAAUUGUCUACUGUACUGAAACUAACUGAAAAUAACUUAGACGAGGUGCAUAUCAGAUAUCAGUUCAAAUGUAAAGUUUAUAUAAAAACACAACCUUUUCUUAAAUGGGUAAAAACCAAGUACGCAGAUUCACUCCCAGGGCAAAGUCUCGAAAAUCUUCUGAAAAACAUAAAUGAAGUUUGCAAGGAAGCUGUUACACUAAAGUUAUUUUGCCCCUUUAAGUUUAAGCCAAGUUUCUUGUCAUGGGUGGUUUAGAAUCUUCCAGCAACACCCCACAUUUUAUAAAACAGUCUAUUUAUUUUUAACAAGAUGUUUCUGAUUGUGACUAGAAUCAUAAAACAGUGCCUUGAGGAAUGUAAUCAGUAGCUAACGUUUGUAUCACUUUAACAAAAAUGUUUGUUGGUUUAUUUAAUUUAAUUUUAAAAGAUAUACUUAAAAUGCAAUUACAUUUUUUUAAAUGACCUUUUCAAUGCUCAAGCUUUUUUAUAUUUCCACAAGUGAUUGUAAUCAAAAUCUACAGCCUGCUAGAAGUCAACAUGCUGCACCUUGACUUUGCUGGCCUGUUGAUACUAGCCAGGUUGAAAGACAGCUGGUUGAUGCUGUGCACAUACCUGCACAGGUGACAGCCUCCAAACUCAUUUGUAAAAUUAAAGCGUAUUGGUGUGGACUUACUGUGUUACAAUUGUAUGAAUAUACUAUAAUAAAAUCAUUAUAUUUUA